AUGGACCUGGCCGCCUCCCUGGCUGAGCUGCAGGCAGAGGCCAGCUGCCCCGUGUGCCUGGACCCCCUGCGAGACCCGGUGACCCUGGACUGCGGCCACAACUGCUGUGGGCCCUGCCUCCACCAGCGCUGGCAAGGCCUCCAGGACGUCCUCCCCUGCCCCGUCUGCCAGCACCACUGCCCCUCCGGGGAUGCCCACAGGAACCCCCAGCUGUGUGCCCUGACGGACCUCCUGAGGCAGCUGCCCCCCGCCAGGAACAAGAGGAAGAGGCAGGAGGAAGAGGCCCUGUGUGCCCAGCACCACCAGGCCCUGGCCCUGUUCUGUGAGGAGGACCUGGAGCUGCUGUGUGCCCAGUGUGGGGCCUCCUCCCCCCACCGGGGUCACCCCCUGGUACCCCUGGAGCAAGCUGCUGCUCAGCACAGGGAGAAGCUCAAGAGCUCCCUGGAGCCCCUCAGGAAGCAGGUGGAAGAUGCUGAGAGGGGCUUAGCCACGCAGGUCUCCAAAACACGGGAACUGAGAGAGAAGGUGGAAGCUCGCAGGAGUGAGUUGUACUUUGAAUUAGAAUAUUUUAAGAGAUUCCUGGGGAAGGAGCACCAUGCUAUUGAGAGUCAGGUUGUGAGAGCAAUGUCAGCUGUUGACAAAAAAGCUUUUAAAAGCAGAAAACGAUGGUUGUACUACGGCGCCACACUCAAGAGUCUGCUUUGGGAAAUCAGCACCCAGUGUGUGCAGACAGACCUGGGGUUACUGAGGGGGGUCAGAAGCAGCCACCUCCAGCGGAGCAGGCGCGCUCACCCGGAGCCCCCAACAGCCUAUUCUUUCUCACUGGAAGAGGAGAGUUUCAGUCCUCCGACACAUUACCUCGGCCUGCAAACCAUCGUCCGCAAGUUCCAGGCCAAUUUGACUCUAGACCCCGAGACCGCGCACCACAACCUCAUUAUCUCACCAGACAGGAAAUCCGCCAUCUUUACCUACGAAAGGGUGGCACCGAACGACGUUGCUCAUCCCAGGGCUUUUACCUCCCACGAGGCUGUCCUGAGCGCUCAGGGGUUCGAGGCCGGCAGGCACUUUUGGCAGGUGGACAUCCGAGGCGCGGGUGUGUGGUCCCUGGGUGUGUGCAAGGAAUCUUUCCCCAGGGAUGCCCUGGCACCUUCCCCCAGCAAUGGCUGCUGGCAGUUUCAGCGGCCCACCGGGACGCGCCUCCACUCCCACAUGGUUCGCAUUCGAGUUGGCGUUUUCCUGGACUAUGAUUUGGGAGUGAUUUCCUUCUACAAUUUGAGUACCAGAUGCCAUCUGUGUACGCUGACGGACACCUUCACAGACAGGCUCAUCCCCUAUUUCUCUGCUAAACGGUCUCCUUUGCCGUUUGCCAUGACUCUGGUCACACAGGUGUGCUGA